UGUCCCUAAAGUUACAGGAGGCCUCUAUAUAACAUCAGCAAGCUCUAUACCUUCCAUUGAAAGAGAUCAGAAACACAUACCUUAAUUUUGGUAACUCGAGUUCCAUAAGUCUGAGGCCAGGAAUGGGGACUGCCACAUGCAUAGAUAUACUGGUAGCCAUCAUUCUUCCUCCUCUCGGAGUCUUCCUAAAGUUUGGCUGCAAGGUGGAGUUUUGGCUUUGCCUUUUGCUGACACUGCUUGGCUACCUCCCAGGGAUCAUCUAUGCAAUCUAUGCCAUCACCAAAUAAACCAAUUUCAAUUUAUUCUCUCAGUGUGCAGAGCAUGAUGCGGAAUGAUGAAGAUGGUGGUGAUGCAAUGGUGGCAAAUUUAGCACCUAGUUGUCAACUUUGUGAUCUGCAUUUGUAUGAAUGUUGAUGGAUUGACAUUUGUCUUUUACUUUAAUGGUUUUGCCUGUUAAUAGUUGAUGUGAUUCUACAACUACUUGUUCCCAAUAAGACAGUUGCAUUGGAAACAUCUACUGGUUCUA